CUCGCCGCUCCAGGGAAUGAGAUCUGCGUGCCAUCCGAGUCCCUUUAGCCAAACACGUACCAAGGUUGACUACUUGAAGAAGACUGACACCCCGCCCGCAUUCUACAGCCUCUUUCGUUCACCACGCUCUCGUAGCUUAAUACAACGCAAGCCGCCAAAAUGAAGUUCUUUGCCGUCGCCGCCUUUGCCAGCGCUGCCUUCGCCAAGGUCUUCCUCGCCAACAAUGAGGCGGACUACGCUUCCAUUGCCGUCGGCAAGCCCUUCACCAUCGAGUGGCGUGAUGCCGAGGGGCCCGUCACCCUCUACCUCAAGGAUGGUCCCACUGGAGCCCUCCAGACCGUCAGCACCAUUGCCUCUGGCCUGACUGGCCAGAGCUACACCUGGACCCCCACCAAUGUCCCCCCUACCAAGUACGCCAUCGUCAUCACCGACGGCGUUGAACAGAACUACAGCGGGCAGUUCUCUAUUGCUGGCGCCAGCGCCUCCGCUUCCGCCUCUUCUGCCAGCGCAACCUCCUCGGUCACCGUCACCGUCUCCUCCACCGUCAGCAUGAGCGUGACCUCGUCUGCCUCCGUGACCUCCUCCGCUUCCGAGUCCUCUACUUCCUCCAGCACUCGGAGGACCUCUACCUCCACCUCGGCCACCACCACCGCCUCUGUUCCCCCCUUGAACGCUGCCGCUACCCUGGCUCCCGCCUACGUCGCCCCCGUUCUCCUCGCUGUCGGUGCCGCUUUCUUCUAAGCCGCUGGCUCAGAGAUGAUGGUUGUUGGUUGAGAUGCAAGAAGCUGUGAUACAGAGAAUCAGGUUGCGCUCCCUGCCCGAGUAUUUGAAGGCUGAAGAUGUGCUCGACUGUAAUUCAGCGAAAAGUAUGACAGAAAUGUUUUAAUAGGGUCGUCUAAUGCUAUUCAAUCUCGGCAACGCCCCUUUGGGAAUAUGUGAGUCGG